AUGCCGAGCUCCGUCACCGAGAUACAAGCCGUUGGUGCACAUGUGGUACUCUCGCUGGUCGAUGGCACGGCAGUCAAAGGUACCGUCUUCACCUACAACCCUGCGGAGGAGCUAUUGGUCCUUAUCCAAGGUCUUUCAGAUGGCAGCCCAAACGUCAAGAUAAUCCGCACGUGUUAUAUCAAGGAUAUUGCUGUCGUUAAUGAUGCAGAAGGGGAUAAACUACCGCCACAACUUGACGUGAAGGCUCGUCUCCCUUCCAUGCAAGCUGGGCGCGACCGCUCCCUCUUCAAGCACGCAAGUUCGCAAUUGCGUGUCGCUCGAGACAAGCGAGCUGCUCUACUACAAACAGAUGACAAAAAUACACCGAUUGCUGCGCUUGACACACUCACAAAGCUCGCCCGGAUUUACCCUGACAUUCAUUGGGACAAGGAAGAGGGUGUCAUUCGCUUUAAUCAAGAAGUCUUUGUUAAAGGAAAGCCGGACUGGAACUGUCCGGUCGCUAUUGCUAUUGACGGCGCCGGUGACACCAGCAUAAGUCUGGUGGAUCGCAUUCAGAAGACUAUCUCCAAAAAGUAA